AUGACCGGCGCCUCAGCGCCUCCGCUGCUGCUUCAACUUCAAACAGCGGACUCCUUACCAGCGCAGGCAGCGGCUUUACGGAGUUUAAAGAAUGAGACGAUAGGCCAUAACCAGCGGAAGGAGGCCUGGGUACGGUGGGGGAUCAUCCCCGUCCUGGCCAAAAUCCUCGCAUCCCGCUAUGGCAAGGAUAAUGUUACACCAGAGGCCAACGGAGCUGCAAAGCUUCGCUGUUUUCAGUCCCAGGAAGAUGAGACUUGCCUCCAAGCCAUCGUCAUCAUGGGAAGCUUAGCACAAGGCGGCGCCUCUUUUCUGUCUCCUAUCCUUGCCAGCGGCAUCCUUUCGACCCUCCUAUCCAUCCUGUCCAACCCCGAAUGUCCCGCAUGCUUCGUCCUUCCAAUACUUCGAACGCUGAAUAAUGUGGCCGACCGUUUACCGCUACAGAGUGAGCAACAAGCGUUCAAGGAUACUCGGUUAGCGGAUCUCAUCUUCUCCAGCGAGUAUAUCGGCUGCUUUGCUCGAAUUUUAGGCCGAAACUACGGCAGCUACCAUGAUCAGGCUGCCAUUGAGCUCGCUGCUUCUCUCAUUGGAAAGCUGUGUACGGAAGAAUUUCAUAAGGCGGCCUUGGCUGAGUGCGGAGUCUUGGAUGCCUUGGCGGUGAAAGUCGCUUCGUUCGUGGUUGCUCAAGGAUUUGUCUAUCCAGGUGCCGAGGAGCAUGUUCAAGAGCCUGGAGCUUUGGGAUCCCUGCCACCCCCAGCACCCCCUAGUGCCAAAUUGGCCCCCAUCCUCCGCGCAGUUACCGUCAUCGUGGAGCACUCGAAAUGGCGCGCAGAGCAUUUUCUCUCCUCACCGGGCAUCGUCACGGUUUUCCCAAAGCAGCUGGCUGAAUUUGCCCCGUGGGAUAUCAAACGAGGACCGUGGGGUGCAAGCUACCUGUCAGGAUCGGCUGUACCCCGUCAUGCCGGCGCUAGUCCCUUGGAGUACUUGCUACCAUCGGUGCCGCUGGCGCAAAACAAGACUCCCCCCAGCGCCUCCAAUUUCCCUCCUCUUGGCCAGCAGAGUGCUACACAUCGCCGACACAGCCAUUCAGUCCCGGCACAUCUACCAAGCUUCGAGAGACCUUCCCACGAGGACGAUGAGACUGCGGUUGUGCCAUGGCUUCUGUAUAUUGUCCGUAGUGAAAGCGGGAUGGUCCGACUGAUGGCGGCACGUCUCGUCACAGUUCUGUUCCGCUUGGGCCUGACAAAGAGGCAUCGCGUCUCGAUGCUCUGUUACUUGAUGAUUCCUAUUCUAAUUCGUAUGCUGGACAAGGAUUAUGAAGUGGCCGCCGAUGACGGGGUGCAAUAUGGAGGUUUGAUUCCAUCCACGGAACGACUCCGGGAGGAAGCCCCGUUCGUCCUGGCGUUGCUGGUCAUUGAUGAUCAGGAAUUGCAGAAGCAUGCCUAUGAGGGGGGCGCCAUCAAGAGGCUAUCGCAACUCCUGAAGGAGACAUACAACCCAGUCCAGGACACUGCUCGCCCCAUGUGGCAUGCGAACGGCGAAGAGAGCCUUCAGGGUCCUGACGCCACUUCUCUCGAGUGCCAGCUCGGUCCUCCGGGAUUCUCCCCACUCCACUGCCAUGUAAUGCGAUAUCGAGAGAACAUUCUGAAGGCUUUGGCAGCUCUGGUUUCCUUCAAGGAUGAAUAUCGCAAAGCUGUCUGUGAAAAUGGAGCGGUGCCGUACAUUAUUGAUUCAAUGAAGCCGUGCUCGGAUGGCUUGCCUAGGGAUACCUCGACUCCGAAGAACACUGCCGCUGAUGGCAAUCCCACACCCACCCUGUUGGCGGCCUGCGGGGCGGCACGCAUGCUCACCCGGUCGGUCAGUGUGCUCCGCACGAGUCUGAUUGAUGCAGGUGUCGCGACUCCGUUGUUUGUCUUGAUCAAACACCCCGACAUUGAAGUUCAGAUCGCAGCAACCCAAGUCAUCUGUAACCUGGCUCUGGACUUCAGUCCGAUGAAAGAAGCCAUCAUCUCGGCUGACGUUCUUCCUGUUUUGUGUGAACAUGCCCACUCCCAAAGCACAAAGCUGCGGAUUGAAUCGCUAUGGGCGCUGAAGCAUGUGGCGUAUAAUUCCACCAAUGAUGUCAAGAUUAAGAUAAUAGAAGGAUUGGGUGCGGAAUGGAUCAAGCAGAUCAUCACUCAGGAUCCUACAACUGCCUUGGCCAAACGCGGAAUGGAUGACGAGAUGGACAGCAGUACCAGCGCGGGUAUGAGCCGAGCCAAUUCGGCUGGCGAGCAGGUGGACCUGUUGAACCCGGUGGAGGGCGGCGGGGACGAGGACAUGAAAAUGGCCGAUACGGUGCCCUCGCACAAAUUCAGCCUAGAUAUGUUCCUUCCGGACGCCACGCGGCGACGCAAGUUGACUCUGCAGGGCGAUCUGGACCAGACGACGCGGGCUCGUCAAGAUGAUAUCGCAGUCCAGGAACAGACCUUUGAUCUUCUGCGCAACAUCGUCUGUGGGCCUGGUGCAUCGGAGAUGAUCGACCAUCUAUUCAAGGAGAUCGGACAAGAUCUCUUCUUAGAUGCGCUGGCCGACAAGCUACGACCACGCUCUAUCCCCUUGCCACCGAGACGAGACGUAUCCACCACGCGGACGAUAUCUGUGCCGACGGAAAUCAUAGUGUCGGUGACGUACUUGAUCAUACACCUGGCGGCAGGCCUCCCGCGGCACCGGCAAGUGCUUCAGAUGCAUCAUGAUCUGUUGAAGUAUAUGAUGACGUAUUUCAACCACAAAACGCGCGAUGUACGGAUCAAUUGCGUGUGGGUGGUGAUCAACCUGGUUUAUCAGGAUGACGCGGGUGAUCGGGAAGGAUGUCGGGAUCGCGCAAUUCGAAUGCGGACGAUGGGGGUGCUGGAGCGGCUGGCCAGUUUGGAGGAUGAUCCUGACUUGGACGUGCGCGAGAGAACCAAGACGGCGCAGGAUAUGGUGAAUUCCUUGACUCAUGCAUAGCGAUGUUUUGGAAGGAAAGUGGGACCCUGCGGUUGGGGGUGGGCGGCGGCGUU